AUGCAUCUGCUAUCGCGAGUUUGGGAAUCUAUAGCUGAGCCAACGCACGCCUGGCCUCGAAGCAAUUCAUUGAGACACGAUCGUUCACUCUUUGAACUAGAUUCAAUAGAGACGCCCAUCGCUAGGAAAUCCAAAUCGAUAAGAAUUCUACGACUUGGUCGGUGCUACCUCGACAUUGGCUGGUCGCCAACUACAAAAGGGAAGCGAAGUACUCGCAACGAAGUCAACUGGCUAUCACAGAAAGGUCCAGGCCGAAUUCUCGAGCUACCUACCAAUUCAACUGUUGGUAGAGUAGAACUCCCCUGCCACCCCGUUUCACCAGAGCUACCUCUAAACCAAGCUCCUGGAGAAUUACCGAAUGAAGCUUCCGCGGUGUACGAAUUAGAAAGUCCAAUAUAUGAGCCUUUUGAGCCAACAGAUGCUUCUAUGGACACUCUGGGUAAUAUCUACAUCGACAUGAACGGGUAUAUGCCCGAGAAACGAGACUAUGGCUAUGAGCAUGCCAUAAGUCAUGCAUUGCCUUUAGCUGCACCACAUUACACCCUCCCAAAGAUUAUAACCCAGGACUACUUGGAGACACCGCCAGGUUUCGCUAGCGCGAACAGCUCUCACAGCACAUCCCCCAUCUCCCCAGUCACGCCGAGUCUAGAAAGUGGUCAUGGAGCGAACGCACAGCACCACAUCGUUAGCCCUAUCGCUACUACCGCGGUUUCGCAUCAAUCGCAUCAAUUUCUUUCCGACCAUUUCCAAAUCGAAGAGAUUGGAUAUGCCCAAUACCACAGCGGGCCACACUUUCCCGUCCCGGGGUUAUCAUUCACAUCGCCCACAGCACAGCCUUUUGAUCAACACGAACCAUCGUCAAAAGACUGUGUCUAUAGCAGCUUACUUUUCUCGUCGAACGAUGACUUGGCGGCCGAAGAUCCUACACAAGACCCACCAUCUGACCAAGAGCCGGUUGUCGCCAAUUUAUUUGAAGUGAGUCAGGAUGAUACAUGGGAUACAAGCGAAAUCUACAAGACGGAUACACAAGAGAUCGACCCACCGGCAUACUCAUUUCGAGAUUUUCUUCAACCUUUCAAUCUCACGGACACCUGCGCCGUACCUCAGUCCUCAGACCAUUCCGAGAAGUCUACUGUGCCAGAACAAGACUACUCCUACCUUGGCGAUAGUCUCCAGCAAGAUACCCACGGCUUUCAUAUUUACACCAAUGAUGAAGUCCGAAACCGUGAGCUGCCAUCCACUUCUCGUUCUGCGAAGAGGUGUAACAUUUGUGGGAAAGAAUUUACCGGCCAUUUGUCUAGAUACGGCAAGGGAAAUUUAGCACGGCAUGUUCGAGAGAAGCAUUUGGUCCAAUCCGUGAUUGGCAAGGUCUGCCGUAUAUGCAAAAACGUCUACAAUCGUGCAGAUGCAACGCGAAAGCACGAAUGGAAGAAGCAUCGUCUCCAAGAUGCUCGCCCCAAUAAACGGCGGAAAGCAUGGUAGUGCGAGCUGAAGACGCACGAUCGGCUGCACAUCUUCUACGAUGCAGCGUCAGAUAAGAAACCGGCCUUUCUUCUGGUUUAGUAGUAAUUGAAGUCGCAGGCGACUUUGCAUUUCGUUACCUCCUGGUACAGUUGCUGGAUGAUCCUGGAGGCUGUUUCCUGAGAGACGCAAGCGUCCCACAAUUCUUGUAUAUAUCGUUUUUUUUUGGUAACCUUCAUUGCUGGUGGUGUGCCGGGUAUGAGCUGGGAUCGAUCGUGUACACCAGAAUACCAAGAUCCGUUCGC